UUUGAGUUUUGAGAAAAAUCGUUUUAGGUUGAAGAAUGCGAUUCGAGGUUUACUCACACGCACUGGUGCAGCGGUACAGAACAAGUUUAGUUACCAAAGCGGUAUUUUUCCAGUUGAUUCUGUUCAUUUUGCUGAUUGUUGCGCCAUUGCUAAUUGCGUACCGAACCUCUGGCUUUUGGAUAAAAGAGAAGUAUUACACCGAAUCGCCUUAUGUUUACUAUAGACACGAAGCAAUAGUGUAUGUAGAUACAGGAUCUCGUACUCUAGUUUGGACUACUUAUCCCAAUCUGAAUCAAUUUUUAAGUAUGGAAGGUGUUCUCAACACGCCUCUAAUUCAGUCCAUUGAAGUUGAUAAUGACUUUAACGGGAAGAACGACUACAUGGAUUUUAGUAGUACCUUCACGCUGAACAGCGGAGAGACAGUGAACUCGGUGAACGCUUACCUAUUCUUUGACUACGAGUUGCGGCUUUUCAGCCGAGUGAGAGCUCUAGGGUUGGCGCUCAUACAAGAACAAUCGGAUUCUGGAGCUAGCAAACUCGCUGUAACAGGAGACCUCAACUUCUUCCAGAAAAUCAACUUGCCGCACAAAGGUGACAAUACCGAUUUCGCCAACGAGUUGAUAAUAGAUCAAUCCUCGAGCUUCGACCUGAAUGCUUAUGUCCAGAGCUACAACGCGAGGAAUCUUACUACCGAGUUAGUGCAUAGUUUCCGUAGAUGGCAAAUGGGAGCGUCGGCAGACAACACUUUUGUCCUAGAGUUACGAGUGAGAUACCCAGAACAGACAUUGAGAUACGAGCCAGGGUUCCUGGAAGAGAUAAAGUUCGCCUGGAUCCAGUACCUGUCGAUCUUCGUCAUAUUCCUGUUUGCGUUCGACCGACUGAAAACGUUUGUUUUCCAGAACCAAGUGUUUCCAACAGUCCCAAUGCAUACUCAGAUGAGGAAGAAGCUGUAGAUGUUAAAUCAGUUGUAUUAUAGUCAUAGAAAUGCGAUCGAAGAAUUUCUAGCAACUUGUAAAUUGUAAAGUUUUGUAAAAUUAACAAGUAUCGAAUUUCAUAAUGCAAAUGUAAAUAUGUGAAAUAUUAAUUGAGUUUCUUUUUU